CAUGCCGAUGCGUGUUUUUUUCGAAAACGAAAAAGGAAAACCAUUAUGCGUUUCCGAGUAUCGAGCGUCUCCUUGACGCGGGCGCCCGGGGCCAUCUCCACCGUCAGUGGCGAGAUCGGACGGCCUGCUGGAGGUGUUGGGCCCAUCCGUCCCCGGGUACUGGGACCACCCGAUCCCUCUUCAAUACAAAACCAGCCGCAGUUCUCCAUUUUCGAGCGCAGAAGCGAGAGAGAUCCGGAGCAGCCGCAGUCCCACCGACCCCGCCGCCGGUCGCCCUCCAUCUCCUCGCCGCUGCCUCUCGUUUCUCUUUUCAAUAAUCAAGAUGAGCCGUGGUGGUAGUGCCGGUGGUGGUCAAAGUUCUCUGGGUUAUCUCUUUGGAAGCGGUGAGCCCCCCAAACCAGCAGUGGCACCAGCUGCAAGUGCUCCACCUGUUGAGAAACCAUCUGCUGCAAAGACUGAUGCGGCCAAGCAGGUUGCUGCUGGGGUUACCAGCCAAACCAAUAACUACCACAGGGCUGAUGGUCAGAACACUGGCAACUUCCUUACGGACCGUCCUUCAACCAAGGUCCACGCUGCUCCUGGCGGUGGCUCUUCCCUGGGCUACCUGUUCGGUGGCAACUGAUGCCCGUGCUGGUGCGCUCACCAAAGUUAUCCUCCCCUGCCUGCUGCGUGCUAUGUCUGAAUCGUGAACAACCGUUGUCAUUUCAUGUGUGUACCCCGUGCAAUGCUUUGUGCGCAUGGUUGAUUUCUCUGUGGCAAACUUCCCGUCCUGCAUGGGGUUGUAAGCUGUCUCUAAAUUUCACGGCAAGUCGUGUGCCUGAACCUUCAUCUUAAGUUGUUGUCGUAUCCCUUCGUCUUGUUUCGGUUGCACCCCGUGAUGGUAUGGAUUGGUUGCUGACCACUUGAUCUAUCUAUUCUGCAUUUUCCUUUGAAA